GUGAAAAAUAGGCAAAGUUAAUUAUACGAAAGUCUCAAUAGGAACGUUUAAGCAAAGAAGUGACACAUAAGAGACGUUGAAACACUAUGCAUAGAUUCUAACUCGUCAAUCAUCCUCUGUUUCUUUUCAAGACUGCAGGUUGAAUUCAUCGAAAUUUCCGCCCUUUUUAAACACUUAAAGUUCUCCAGAAUGUAUCUUAUGAGUUCUUUUUCAUCUUCUCUUCCUCCAUAUCCUUUCCAUUCAAAGAUCGUGGGAUGAGACGACAAGCAUUCGGGAACAGAACUCGGUUGGUUCCAUAAAACUGGAGCAUGAUUCUCUGACCGUUCAAUCAGAAAUGUGGAGUCGACCAUCAAAACCUCUAGUUUAGGAGAAUUAGAGAGCAAAACCACAAGUGAUUCACACAAGUCCGGGUAAAAUCGAUGUAUGCUACACUCUUUAAGUAGAGAGUAAACGGCGUUACACCAUGCAACCAUUGUAUCACCACGUAUAGAUAGCUCAAGAUACUCGAUUGAAGAAAGAGAUCUCAGAAGUAAACGGAGCAUAUAUUAAUUAGAGUGCCACGUCAGCGGGGUUUUUUUAUAAUGAUAAGUCUCCUCCGCUCAAUUUCAGAUCAGAAUCAGAUCAUCCAUGGAAACAGCGUCGAGAGUGGAACUGAUUGUUAAAGGCAACUUACCGGAGGUUCCUUCUCAGUACAUCCAGCCACCGGAAGCUCGACCUAAUCUCCCAUUACCCCGGCGAUGCAGCUUCGAUCCCAACCGUCGAUCUCUCGAGCUCCGAUUCCGCGAGAGAAGCCAUCGGUGACGCUUGUCGCGACUGGGGAGCCUUCCACGUAAUCAACCAUGGUGUUCCAAUCCAUCUCCUUGAUCGGAUGAGGUCUUUAGGUCUCUCUUUCUUCCAAGACUCUCCCAUGGAAGAGAAGCUACGUUACGCCUGCGACUCUACCUCCGCCGCAUCUGAAGGUUACGGUAGCCGUAUGUUGCUUGGUGCUAAAGAUGACGUCGUUUUGGAUUGGAGAGAUUACUUUGAUCAUCACACGUUUCCUCCCUCUCGUCGUAACCCUUCUCAUUGGCCGAUUCAUCCUUCUGACUACAGACAAGUUGUUGGAGAAUAUGGUGAUGAGAUGAAGAAACUAGCUCAGAUGCUAUUAGGGCUAAUCUCAGAGAGUUUGGGUCUUCCUUGUUCAUCUAUAGAAGAAGCUGUUGGUGAAAUCUAUCAGAACAUUACUGUAACCUAUUACCCUCCUUGUCCUCAGCCUGAGCUCACUCUUGGUCUUCAGUCUCAUUCCGAUUUUGGUGCCAUUACUCUCUUGAUUCAAGAUGAUGUUGAAGGUCUUCAGCUUUACAAGGAUGCUCAAUGGCUCACUGUUCCUCCUAUCUCUGAUGCUAUUCUCAUUCUUAUUGCCGAUCAAACCGAGAUCAUUACCAAUGGAAGAUACAAAAGUGCUCAACAUAGAGCUGUGACUAAUGCGAAUCGGGCGCGGUUAUCAGUCGCUACCUUUCAUGAUCCCUCCAAGACUGCAAGGAUAGCACCAGUUUCUCAACUCUCCCCACCGUCUUACAAGGAAGUUGUGUAUGGUCAAUAUGUUUCUUCCUGGUACUCUAAAGGUCCUGAGGGUAAACGAAACCUCGAUGCUCUUCUCUACUAAGUUUAUGCUAAUGAGUAUGUGGACGCCAAUUGCCACGGCUGAAAAGUGGUUUCACAAUAGUGGCUGUAAAAACUCAAAAGACACAAACGAUAAAUAAUAAUAAACUGAAUGAAUCCUAGUCGCUAUGUUUUCAGAAGCUGAAUGCUUGAACGUUUCAAUAAUGCUUUCAUUUGCUUAAUACAAAAAUCAUAAUGAUAGAGAUGUUACAAUGAGUAAAAAUUGACUUGUCAAAAAAUAAAGAUUUGAGAUUAACAGUCGUAAAGGAAGGAUGGCUCAGAAGACACUCAGUAUGAAGGAGAAGGGAAGGGUCCUUGCAAGCCGUAUGCUCAUCUAUUUGAGAUGGCAACAUUAUAGAAUGAACAAUGGCAUAUGAUUCUCACGAUUUAAACCAUGAAACAUUCAGAGACUACAGUGCAAAUACCAGACCCAGCGGUUAAAC